GCACAACAGCACUUACGUUUGUGACACUGCACUGGCGCUCUUGUUCUUAGGACUUGUACUGGGAGGCACGUAGCGGGCACCUUAAUGACCUAUCCCCGGUUAUAGUAAGGUCUCCUUACUGAACUUCAUGUAAUGCAGAAGUAUUGGGUUUGCCAUGAGAUGAUAUGAGGACAGUUGUUUCUCAGCAGUGUACGGUAGCCCAGCGGUGUUGCCUCAUUGUGAAAAUUCAUAGCGUCUAUCGCCAAACACAAUGCCAUCUUUGCCUCAAGAGUCAGAUCACCAAGGAACAUCGAACUUAUCAUUAAACCCAGACUUGCCUUAUCAAGCUCCUAUCAAGAGGAAAAUCCGGAAAAAGAAAAAUGGCGUAAUCACUGCAAAUGUGGCAGGGACAAAGUAUGAAAUUGUUCGCUUAGUCAUUGAAGAGAUGCUUUUUGUGAAGACAAAAGAUGAAGAUGAAACUGCAAACCUUAUUUGGAGUGAUUGUGCGGUACAGCAUGAGAAAAUUGCAGAGCUCAGGAAUUAUCAAAGAAUAAACCAUUUCCCGGGUAUGGGAGAAAUCUGUAGAAAGGAUUGUUUGUCAAGAAAUAUGACCAAAAUGAUCAAAUGUCAACCUCAUGAAUAUAGCUUUAUUCCGCGAACCUGGAUAUUUCCAGCGGAAUACACCCAAUUCCAAACCUACGUCAAAGAAUUAAAGAAGAAAAGAAGGCAAAAAACAUUCAUAAUCAAGCCGGCUAACGGAGCGAUGGGCCACGGUAUUUUUCUUAUACGAAAUGGCGAGAAGCUGCAAGCGCAAGAUCAUUUAAUUGUUCAGGAAUACCUUGACAAGCCUUUUCUUCUAGAAGGAUAUAAGUUUGAUUUACGGGUGUAUAUUCUUGUUACCUCCUGUGACCCAUUAAGAAUAUUUUUGUAUAAUGACGGGCUUGUUCGAAUGGGAACAGAGAAAUAUCAUUCUCCCAGUGAGUCUAAUCUGAACCAGUUGUUCAUGCAUCUGACGAAUUACUCAGUUAAUAAACAUAAUGAAAACUUUGAACGAGAUGAAACCGAGGAGAGAGGAAGCAAACGUUCCAUCAAAUGGUUUACCGAGUUCUUGCGAACCAAUGAUCACGAUGUGUCUAAAUUCUGGAGCGAUGUCUCCGAAUUAGUUGUAAAGACUCUCAUAGUCGCAGAACCCCAUGUACUACAUGCGUACCGCAUGUGUCGGCCUGGGCAGCAUCCUGUCAGUGAGAGCGUGUGCUUUGAAGUCUUAGGAUUUGACAUUAUUUUGGACAGAAAAUUAAAACCCUGGCUGCUUGAGAUUAAUCGAGCUCCAAGCUUUGGAACGGACCAAAAAAUUGACUAUGAUGUUAAAAAGGGAGUUUUACUUGACGCGUUAAAACUCCUUAACAUCCGAGCGAGCGAUAAGAAGAAAAAUUUGGCAAAGCAAAAAGCUGAAGCUCAAAAGCGUCUUUACGGUCAGGGUUCAAUGAAACGGCUGUCACCGGGGUCAUCGGAUUAUGAGAAGCAGCGGCACACUCUGGAGAGAAAGAAAGAAGAACUGAAAGAACGACUCGCCCAAGUAAGAAAGCAAAUAUCAAGAGAAGAUUUUGAGAACAGACAUAUGGGGAACUACAGGCGUAUCUACCCACCUGAGGAUAAACUGUUAUUAGAAAAAUAUGAAGGUCUGUUGGCCACAGCCUUCCAGACAUUCCUUGCUGGCAGAGCUGCCUCCCUCCAGCGAGAGAUGAAUAAUCCUUUCAAGAGAAUGAAGGAGGAAGAUAUUUUGGACCUUCUGGAACAGUGUGAGUUGGAUGAUGAAAAACUUAUGGGAAAAAGUAACCGGCAAAGAGAACCACAGACUCUUUCAUCGAUGCCAGAAAGUACACAAACCCUAAAAAAGACGAAGGAUUACAGCAGCGACAGCAGUGAUUCCGAAACAGAGGAAGAGGAAGAAGAAAAAGAGAUCAAUCUUAAGAAAGAGAAAAGAGUAUCAUAUGAUAUAGAAGAACAGAAAUACAAAUCACUGGAACGGUCUAGUAGAAAUUAUUGGAAACCCUCUGGGAAGAUCUCAAAACCCCCACCUUAUUCAUCUUCCCUAUCAUCAACAACUCCUAUUAGACGGUCUAUAAGCUGCCCUCGUUCCAUAACUGCAUUAAACACACGAUCUCCAACAACUGAACAACGGCCCUACUCCUCUAAAUUAACUGCACAAAUUUCCAGGCCUUCUUCAGGGACAAGAACCAAUUCUUUAAAUCGCAACACCUCUUCCAAUCGAUUGCCCCCGACAACUAUGUAUGGCUCAAUGUAUUCUUCAGUGAGUGAGUCUGUGAUGCACCAUUUCACUAAAGAGCAGGAAGAUGAACUUACAAAACAGACUUUACUUAUUCUUCAAGAUAUUAGAAUCAGAUUUCCAGGAAAAGGGGAUGAAGAAUCUUCUGACUCCAUCAUAGAUGAAAUAAUGGAUAAUUGGAGAUAUCACAAACCAAAAGUCGCUACAUAUUGGUUAAUAAAAUUGGAUUCUGCAAAGCAAAGGAAGGUUUUGGAUAUAGUGAGAACAAAUAUUCGCUCUCUUCUACAACGCAUCUGGAAGGUUACCGACAUUGAAUGUUUACAUUUGUACCGUAGUUUCAAUCGCGUCUUUAACCGUUUGCUGUGGAAUCAUGGCCAAGGCCUAUGGAACAGUUUCUGUAAUUCAGGUUCCUCCUGGGAGACCAUAUUCAGCAAAAGCACAGAAGUUGUGACUCCGCAUAAACUACAAUGCUGCCAACGACUCGUUCAGCUCUGCAAAGACUGCCUGCUAGUGGUAUAUAAAUGUGAAACAGAUUCCCGAGGAUCAGUGGCAGGAAUCCAUCCCGAUUGGGAUGACACAAGGUCUUUAUUGCCUGCGAUGCCACAGUUCAUGAUGAAAACUUCGUCUUCCAACAUUAGUCGCACUUCAUCCGGAUUGCCUCGUUCAAGCAUUUUGUUUACCCCUCGACUUAACCAGCACUAAAAUAAAAAAAAGUACAUUUUGUGCUCUCUAAAUAAUAGCUUUUUAAUUUUGUUUUAAAUCUAAUUUCAUAAUGGUGCUAAGCACAGCUAUAUUAUGGCACCGCUAGAAACACUGAGUGCAUAUUGCAAAUGUUAUAAACUAUAUGCUAAUUUGUUUACAAGAUAUGUGAAUGUCUAGAUUCAGGAUAGUUUAUAAGAAAAAUCCUUGACGUUAUUUUUUUUUUCCUUGCACAGUGUACAAAGUGGAAAUGAUAAUGUUGAUCGAAUUAGAAUGCUAACUUAUUUUGCUUGAAUAUGGAACAAUGUGUUAUUUAUUUUAUAUAUAUUCGAUUCUACUGAACAGUUAUUAACAUGAGUACAAGUUGAAAAAGUCAGGCUUUGGAAAAAUAGCAGACAUUAUUAAAAAAAAAAUAUUGUAAUUAUCCCUGCGGCAGUCUAAAAAAAUGGUUGAACAAAAGCCAAACCUUAUAGAGGAGAAAAGAAGCCUUAUCAGGCUUUUUAAUAACACAGCAGUAUACAACAUUACAAAAUAUUUGUAACAAGAUGAUUGUUGACCUCUGACCCAAAAGAUUUUUCACAAAUGUUCAGUCCAGUGGGCCCGAUAAUGUACAUAUGAUUAUUUCCAUUGACUUCAAUAAUUGUAAAGAAUGUGCCAUCAUAGAAUAAAAGGAACAGUCUAUACAACAGAAUUAUUAUUGUUUAAAUAGAUAGAUAAUCCCUUUAUUACCCAUUCCCUAGUUUUGCCCAAUUAACACAGUUAUAUAAAUACACUUUUUACCUCUGUGAUUACCUUGUAUCUAAGCCUCUGCAAACUGCCCCUUAUUUCAGUUCUUUUGACAGACAUUAAUUUUAGCCAAUCAGAGCUGGCUCAUCUGAACUCAACGUGCGUGAGCACAGUGUUAUCUAUAUGACACACAUGAACUAACACCCUCUAGUGGUGAAAACCUGUCAAAAUUCCCUGAGAGAAGAGGCGGGCCUUCAAGGGCUUAGAAAUUAGCAUAUGAACCUCCUAUGUUUAUCUUUCAACUAAGAAUACCAAGAGAACAAAGCAAAAUUGGUGAUAAAAGUAAAUUGAACAAUUGUUUAAAAUUACAUUCUCUAUCUGAAUAAUAAAAGUUUAUUUUGGACUAGACUGUCCCUUUAAAGGAACAUAAAACCCAAAAUGUUUUUUUCAUGAUUUAGACAGAGCAUACAGUUCUAUAAAAAAAAAAAAAAAAAAAUCUUUGUUCUCAUGGUAUUCUUUGUUGAAAAUAAUAGCUAGGUAGGUAGUAUGCAUAUCUGCAGCACUACAUGGCAGGAAAUACUGUUACUACCUAGUGCUCUUGCAAAUGUAUUACAUUGUUAAAGGGAUAUGAUGCCCAAAUGUUGAAGCACUUGAAAGUGAUGCAGCACACCUGUAAAAACCUAACUAGAAAAUAUCACCUGAACAUCUCUAUGAAAAAAAUGAAGAUGUUUUACCUCAAAAAUGUCCUCAUCAAUAGCCACAUCCCAUUGUAAAGGGACUUUAUGCAGCCAAUCAGGAUACUAGUCCCAGGACUUGCAAGGAAGCGAGCAGGCACAGUCAUGUUAUUUCCCUCCUCAGCACAAGAAGGUUCACUAUGAAAUCUUCUGAGAUUUCAGUGAAAUCUCAAGAUAUCUCAGUAAUGCAAAAUGUGACAUGCAGCUGAUCUGACUCUAGCUGUAGGAUAACUGUUCACAUAGAACUUACUUUGUUUGGUAAAAUAUCUUCCUUUUCUACAUAGUGAUGUUCGGGGGAUAUUUUCUAGCCAGCUUUGUACAAUUAUGCUGCAUCACUUUCAAGUGAUUUAGCAAAUGGGUAUUAUGUCUCUUUAUUAGUAUUCUUGGAAAACUGCUAGCAUAUAGUGCUUCAGAAAUGUCCACCCUCCUGAGGUUACCUACCUGCAUCUUAACAAAGGAUACCAAAAGAACAAAGUCAAUUUAAUAAAAUAAGUAAAUUGGAAACUUUCUUAAAAUUAUACACUCUAUCUGAAUCAUGAAAAAAAAAGUUUCAUAUCCUUUUGAAGGCAUUUAAUCAAUUUAUUGUAGACUGUUAUAU